UCAUUACCAUCUGGCGUAAUCCCCAUGGCAACGUUAGUUCGAUACUCCCACUGACAGUGACAGUGCCACUACAAUGUUCUGGGGCCUAUCUCCAGCCUUAGACCUCCAAGAACAAUACCUCAAAGAAAACAAAACCCUCCCCGAGGAGCUAAACAUUUUACUCGUCGGAGGUGCAGACAGUCGCCACGUCCUCCAAACGCUAGCCCGCCGUUACAGACACACAACCACCAAACUCAACUUUUACGUGAUGGAAGCGAGCGUUGAAACGAUCGCCAAACAACUCCUCCUCCUAAACGUGGCCCUGCAAGACCCCUCAAUUAUGGGCCUUGUGCAGAAAGUGAAGUUUUUUAUGGAACUGUACGGCAACACGCUUGUGCGGCCCGCCGUAGCCAAAUUCCUCACAGCCACAGCGACCCAAUUAGUGAAAAUGGUGACGGACUACGAAUACUUGAACCAAGUAAUGCCCUUCGUGACCCUCGAGAUAAAAUACAAAGAACGUGACUAUCUGGAGAACUUGUUGAAAUUCUGGUGCGGUCGCGACGAAUUCGACAUUUGCGAUUAUUGGGACAGGCGUCUGAGGAAGAAUUUGGGCGUGAGGUACGACUCGAAAUUGGGGGCUUUCGACUGGGACCUCCACAUGAGGCUCCAUUCAGUUGGAGGCAAGCAAUUGUGUAAUCAAGAGUAUCGCAAUUUCCGACUAAACGGGGUCGCGUUUUCGUGGCUGGAAUCGGAAGUUUCGAAGCCGAACCGAUCGAUGGUGUGUCUGGCGAUCCCGAACGGGGAAAAGUUCGUCCAUUAUGGGUAUUUGGGGGACAUGCAGACCGGUCCGUUCGUUUCGUUCGGACUGGAAUGCGAAGACGAGAACUAUCUCAAAGCUACGAACGGCCAAAACAUGCACAGAGCCACCGAUGUGACCGAGCGCAAUCUCUGCCAAAUCUUCCACGAGAUACAAUACGGGGAGACGUACUCCCACAGAAACACCUCCGAUAAACAGCUAGGGCCCGUGGUUAUGCAAGUCGGCGAAAAACGGGUUAUUGAUACCAAAACGAACGAAACGCGGAACACCGCCAAAAAUAAGUGUAUCGAUUUAGAAGAUGUAAGCAUCAAAUUCGUUUCAUUGUCGCUCCUCAAGCUAAUGCUGCACAAAAAUGAGUACCGGGAGUUCUUCCAAAUAAUCUACUUUGGGUGUUUUUACACCGAGCAUUUAAAUAAGGAUUUGGUGGACCGCGUUUUGGCAAAAGACGGGCUAGUUUUAGUGGAAAACCAAAAAUUUGUGGUAACGCAUCGCGACAAACAGUUACAAGAGUUCGGUGAGAACGUGAGAAAGGCCCUAGAGGGGUCAAAACUCACAGAGAGCUGUUUUGAUCCAUGCAAAGACAAUUUUGCAAGAUUUGUGAAGGCCUAAGUGCGCACACUGGUGUUAAUUAAAUUUUUAUGAACAAAUUAUUUUUAGGAUUCGACGAUAGUGAUUUAAAUAAAAGUCAUUGUUUUA